UUUUUUUGAUUUGGAAACAUUUACAAACGGACCGUGUUCAACAUGCGAGAGUUUGAUGGAGUUGGAAGCGGAUCCGCGGCGCGCGAGGACAGAUUUGUGUCACGCCGUGAACCGAGCGGCACCGCUCACAGGAUUUACCUGCCCUUCAUCUUACUGCUGCUCUUGUUUACUCCUAGCGUGGACUCGUCUUGGUGGUACAUUGGUGCGUUAGGUGCACGGGUCAUAUGUGACAACAUUCCAGGGCUGGUGAACAAGCAGAGGCAGCUCUGCCAAAGACACCCGGAUCUCAUGCAAUCCAUCGGAGAGGGAGCCAAAGAGUGGAUCCGAGAAUGCCAGCACCAGUUCCGACACCAUCGUUGGAACUGCAGGACGCUGGAGAGAGACCAUACUGUGUUCGGCCGUGUCAUGUUGCGCAGUAGCCGUGAAGCAGCAUUUGUUUAUGCAAUCUCCUCCGCUGGCGUGGUUUAUGCCAUCACCAGAGCGUGCAGUCAAGGAGAGCUGAAGAUCUGCGGUUGUGACACCCACAGGAGAGGCCGGGCUAGUGAUGAAGAAGGAGACUUUGACUGGGGCGGCUGUAGCGACAACAUCAAUUACGGUAUCAAGUUUGCCAAAGCUUUUGUGGAUGCCAGAGAGAGGAUGGUCAAAGAUGCCAGAGCACUGAUGAAUCUGCACAACAACCGCUGUGGGAGAAUGGCAGUAAAGCGUUUUAUGAAGACUGAAUGCAAGUGUCAUGGAGUCAGUGGGUCAUGUGCUCUCAGGACAUGCUGGCUGGCUAUGUCUGAUUUCCGGCAAACGGGGGACUACUUAAGAAAGAAGUACAAUACUGCUGUUGAGGUCACAAUGAACCAGGAUGGUUCAGGCUUCAUGGUUGCUGACCGAGAUUACAAGAAAACGACCAAAAAUGAUCUAGUAUACACUGAGAACUCUCCAGACUACUGUCUAAUGGACCGAUCGGCAGGUUCUCUGGGAACAGCAGGACGAGUGUGUAACAAGUCUUCCAGAGGCAUGGAUGGUUGCGAGGUCAUGUGCUGUGGCCGCGGGUACGACACCACGCGUGUAAAACGUGUGAGCAAAUGCGAGUGCAGGUUCAAAUGGUGCUGCGCUGUGGAGUGCAGGGACUGUGAGGAAACUGUGGACGUUCACACCUGUAAACCACAUAAGAAACCCGACUGGCUCGAUUUGACCUGACUACCAUGACCAUGACCAAUCAGCAGCUACUGGUGCUUUUCUGUUCUCAGGUUUUUGAAGUGGGCCACCGCAUUGUGGGAUGUGUAGUUUAUGACUAUAACACUAUGAUCUCCACUUGCAGAACCCUGAACUUUAUCCGCCUUCAAUGAUGCAAGCGCAAAGAUCACAGGCCAGUCUGGAGCACUGGUAGACGGUUGGUGUCAUGGGAAAUCAUCCAAUGGGCAUUGUCUGGUGUUUAAUAGAAUGAACUGUGAUCAGGACACAAUCCUUUCACUAUUUUCAAACUGUAAAACACAUUUUACUGAUAAUAUGUGUGCCUAAACAUGGAAUUAUGUUUUUGGACAGCUUUGAUAAAUAUGUUGGAGUUUUAGGGAAAAAACUAUAUACAGCAUCAGUUCAAAAUUCUCAAAGAACAUAGCAAUAAAUUGCUUUUCACGCCAAGAACAAUGCCACGUCAUGGUCCAAAAUAAUGCUUUGAAGGGUGCUGUAAAAAUGUUAAACAGUGAUAACUGUGUUUCCCUUCAUUUACUUCAUGGAGCAUAUUUUUGAUACAUGACUUGUGCAUGAAAGAAUUAGAUCAAUGUUCAAUUUAUUGUGACAUCCCAUUGUCACUGUAUAUCAGAGAAAUAUAUCUUUCAUGUUAUCUUUGUAAUGCCUAAGCACUUAAACAUCCCUUUGAAUAUGAGCACUUUUUUUUGGUUUGGUUUGGUUGCGAUAAAUUGUCUACGAUCAAAUCAAUAUUUUCCCUGAUGGAUUUCUUAUUGAAAUGUGAUGUUUAUCUAAUAAAGUAGCAACUAAACAAGAUAUCUUCAAGAUAAAUUUAAAGAUAUACCACCAGC